UGACCUGUCGCCGCCCCCGAUGCCAGCUCUUCCAACACCUCUGAUCGCCUCGAAGCAUUGGAGAUGGACGUCGGCUCCCUCAAGGACGGCGUGCAGUUACAGCAGACCACAACGCAACAGUUGGAGCAGCGGAUCUGUACUACCGCCAACAACUCGAGUUCGGAACCGCGCGAGACAACUCCAAAGUUUGACGGGCAGAAGAUCUUCUGCGACUCGACGAAGACAGAUCCGAUUCCAUGGUUCCGCAAGUUCGAGCUCACGCUGCAACUACACUACGUCAAAGAACACAAGCACCACGCGUACUUAUACUCCCGGUCGGGGGGCGCGUGCCAGGCAUGGUUGGACAAGCACUUGUCCAAGUACGGAGUGGUAGCAGCCGACGUGCAUACCAAGAUCAGCUGGGAUGAUCUGAAGGCGGCGUGGCACAAGCGGUUCCAAGUAGAGCCGUUGGAGAUCAAGGCAAUGGACAAGCUAAUGGUCUUCGAACAAGGCACACUGUCGAGUGUCGACUGGAUUGCCUAGCAAGGGCAAAUCGGGAAACUGAGAGUCGCUGGGAGUGACUCAAUGACACUCUCGACGCCUUCGGAACCGGUCGCUUCGUGGGUGACCGCCCUUCGUUCCAAGGCACAUGCAGAAGUCGAUAGUCCUCCUCUUCUUUAUUCUUUUGAGGACUAUGCUGCCCGACUCGUUCCUAUGCUGGGUACUCAAGCUCAAGGACAAGACGUGUGUGCGGCAUCUUCUCCGUCCGUCAGCGGCGACUUAUCGUCUUCACGUGGUUCUUCACGGGAUUCGGCGCGCGAGUUUAACAUAAAGGUAUUGGACUCGCUCACGUCUGAGGACUUUGCAUGGCUUCCUCUCCCGACCACGGGCUGCUUGCCGGGACCGCAAUGUGCAGCACUAUGCGCUCAUCUUGACACGUACUUAUCCUUCUAUGCACCACCAACUUCGUCGACGGAUGACGAAGUCGCGGUGGGGGACAUCCUUGUGUAUGUUACCAAGGUUGCCCGCGAGUUUUGCACGCAGCCGUACGAUGACAACAACGCACCGGUCAUGUAUGUCCGCAUCCAGGUUGGGCAAGCGUCCUGCAACGCUUUGCUGGAUAGCGGCGCGUCUCGCAAUUUCAUGAGCCAAGCAUUUAUGCAAAGGGCUGGCCUUGGCGCACAAGUUCAGAGGAAGGCAAACCCGACGGCGAUCAAGUUGGCGGAUGGAAAGACACAGUAACUCCUCGACCGUUACAUCGAAGCCGUACCGGUGUAUUUCGCACCUCAUGCAUGCGAACCGGUGACGUUCGACAUUUUGGACACGGACUUCGACAUCAUUCUGGGAAUGCCUUGGCUUGCAAGUGCGGAUCACACGGUUAACUUCCACCGGCGGACUCUUAGCGUUCCCGACGCCUUCGGCGCCGAAGUGGCGUGUACUAUUCCUCUUCCGCACCCUUCGAUUCGGUGCCAAGUAGUGACGGCCAAAUCAUUCCGGGCGACUUGCGCUUACGAGCAGCCCAAGGAAAUC